AUGAAAGACCUAAGCGGGAGACUAGCUCGUUGGCCAGUGCAGUUGCAAGGCUAUGACUAUACCACCGAGCACCGUAAAGGCAAUGAAAACGUGGUAGCUGACACUCUAUCGCGCAGUGCCGAAGCAGUGACCAAGGUUCCGGAAGGUCUUCUCGAAUUUGAGACCCCCGAGUUCGAGUCGGCGGAAUACCAGGCGUUGCUCGAACAGGCUCAUGUAGAUGAGACGGCUGGUCAUGGGGGUGUCGUGAAAACACUGGAGACAUUGCGUAGGCAGUUUUACAGGCCCGGCAUGGCUAGUCAGAUAAGGGAUUGGGUAAGGCAGUGCGUGACAUCCAAGGAAACCAAGGCACCGAAUUUCCGCAUGCAAGUGGGUCUAGGACAAGAGGUAGUGACCGAGCGACCAUUCCAAAAACUGUAUAUUGACUUUCUGGGAAAGUACCCACGUUUGAAGCAAGGGCAUGCUUGGAUCUUCGUGGUAGUCGACCAUUUUUCAAAAUUCUCUUUCUUAAAAGCGAUGCGAGAGACUGCGGCUCUUAACGUAGUGGACUUUUUGGUUAGCGAAGUUUUCUAUAAGAUUGGAGAACCCGAGGUCAUUCACUCUGACAACGGACGACAGUUCAUAUCGGGUGCUUUCCAAAACAUGAUCUCGGCUUUCGGCAUCUCGCUUAUGCGCACUGCAGUCUACGCGCCACAGAGCAAUGCAAGCGAUCGAGUGAAUCGUACUGUGAUGUCGGCGAUCCGGGCGUAUCUAGAGCAAGAUCACCGCGAGUGGGACCUCUACCUUCCAGAAAUGGAAGUGUCCAUACGAAAUGCCAUACACACAGCGACAGGGGUGACUCCAUUCUUUACCGUUAUCGGAAAUAAUAUGUUCCUAAACGGGGCAUGCUACAAAUUUGCUCGUAGGUUAGGGUCUCUGGGUGAUCAUGAGAUUUCUCAUUUGCACCCAGUAGACAAAAUACACCUGAUUAGACAGCGAGUCCAAAGCCAGCUACAUCAGGCUUACGAAAGAAGUCAUCGGCAGUACAACGCUCGAGCCCGAGUGUUCCAGGCGGAACCCGGCCAAGAAGUCUACCGACCCAAUUUUGUACUGAGCGGUUUUGGGAAAGUUUUUAACGCCAAAUUUGCAAGGAAGUUCCUAAAGGCCCGAGUAGUGCGUCGAGUAGGCAACAACUCGUUCUUGCUGGAAGAUUUGCAAGGGAAGCCCCUAGGCGUGUUUCAUGCCAAAGAUAUACGGGUAUAUAACAAGGUCGUGGUGUGCCUCACGUUGGGCGCGGCUCAGCUUAAGGAAAGGGGUGUUUCCUACGUUGGGCAUUCUAAUUAG